GAUCUUUGGCGAACUUGGGGAGAGUUAGCAAAGAAAAUGUUUUCGAGAUGCUGCAAUCAGACAGUGACUAACAAGUUGCGGUCGCCGCAAGUCCGCUUCAAAUUCAAGCGAGAUAUUAAAUAAGAUUGAGCGUGAAGAGAGUGGUGUGCAGUGGAUGAUUAUUUCAGGGUUUUCUUCUUCUUUUAAUUUAUUUUUUUUUCUAUUGUCUUCCUCAUAGUUUCAUGUGAAAAAUGGAAAAUAAAAACUUUAUCCCUGAUAGCAUCCAAGCAGCAGAUCUCGACAAGAGUUGGCAUAUACCAAGACCCACACUAGCUCGUAGCUCGCAAAGUAGUCAAGGUUCCACUUCUAGCAACAACAGUACGCAAAGCGUCAGGUCCGGAUCACUCCUAUUGACCGCCGCCAAUUUGGCGCAAAUCCACCAGCUCGAACAACCACCUGAUGUUGAAAAUGAACCUCCCAUGACUUCGACACGUGACCAGAAUAUACGUUACUACCUUCAGACACAAUCGGUCGACGGUGUCGACCACCUACCGCCAUCUAUCAACGUCAAUAAGAAAGAACCUGACAGCGUGUCAAUCGCCAGCAGUACGCAUUUCACUGUAGUUAAUAUGAAUACGCGACACAGGCCGCCUCAGAGGAGUUUCUGUAGAAAACACCAAUUAACUAUUCUGGUAUUGACAAUGUCAGUAGUGUUCACGAUCGGAAUCAUGGCGGCUAUACUGUUGUUAGAAUUGAGGGCCCAGAACCAAAGGUACUGAUUGCCUAAGAUGAAUGAGUACAAGAAGUUCUUGGACUAUAUAGUUACAUAUGGACUGGUACUUCUCCUAUUUUCCCCACAGUAAAAAGAAAAUGGCAAAAUAACUAUUGGAACCAACGUUAACUAGUGGGGAAUUCGAUUCGAUUCUUGUACAAGAAUUUAAAACCAUUUUUGAAGUAUAAAAAAUGCUUUUUGAUUAUUUUGGAGACAUUAGAAGCAUCCAAAAUUAUACAUAAUCGUGCAAGAUCGUUUUAAAGUUAAUUCUAUCACAUGUUUUGCCCCUUUCUCUUUUCUAAAGUAUCAGUUCAUGAAACUGUACGGCCUGAGAAGAAAUUUAACCAUAUCAAACAAUUAAGGAGUAAAAAAAGGAAAUUAGUUACAUUUUUUUUUCGCUUUUUAUAAUGUAUCUUAUUGACACUGCCUUUUACUUUCUAUAACAGUUAAUUAAAUAAAAACCUGGAUAUAUCAUUUUUAAUAGUUUAAAAUGGAAAAGUAGCAAUUUUCUAGAAAUAAACUUACAAGUUUGGGAUCUGAUAGCACUUUUAGAUUCGUCAACAACAAAUAUAAAUUUAAUUUUGAUGAUGUGAACCAGAAUGAAGAAUAUAGAGGUUUCAAAAAAUUUUAUUUUUAACAAGAAAGAGGAAGGAAAAAUCAACGAAUUAUAUGAAAAAUUAAUUCUGCCAAUUUUUUUCAACAGAUAACCUCAAAAAAAUAAUAAAUUAAAUAUUAUGAAUACAGAGACAAUAAUAUAUAACAUUAAUAUGUCAUAGUUGAUCCACAAUCUCUUUCAAUGCGAAUAGAUUGUGUUUUUUAGCAAACUAAUUGGUUUUAAUCUACUUCACCUCUGAAAUAAACAUUUUUUUCAAGAUUCACUCGAUUUUUGUUGUUGACAAUUUUACCAAUGAUCGUUUGAGAUUCUUUCACAAAUAAUUACUUCACUUUGUGAUUUCAUUCACGAGAAAUAAUACAAAUUAUAAUCCGUUCUUUAUAAACAAAAUAUUCUUUCUAUUCGUACCGCGCAUUUUUAUUUUUUGGUUAGGUUUCAUCUUCUUUUUUUAAAGUAACAAAUGAACUAUAUAUCACCAUAGAAAAAUUAAAAACAUAAAAGAAUAUCUAACGUAUUUUCAAGUUUCAUUUUACAUAUCUGAUUACAAAAAAUUUGUUAUCGGUAUAAAUCAAUUAAUUUUAGAAUUUCUAAAGGUAACCCCAGGCACUGGAACUCUUUAAUAGUUUCCAAAAUUUUAUAGUAUGUUUUGCGUCGUUAUAAAUUAAAUAUCAUUGGUUUUCAUAUGCUUUCGAUGACAAGAUUUCUGCUACUUUUUGAAUUAACCAGUUCAUUUAGAACAAAUAUUUAACAUAACUUUAGUUGGGUACUUUUCAAAAAUAAUUCUUUGAAUGAAUCAAUUUUUUUCUUAUUCUUUUCUAAUAUGAUGUUAUGUACACAAUAUAAGAAUAUUAUAAUAUCCUAUAUUAGAUUUUAUUUCUCGUUAGAAGAUUAAAAUGUAUUAGCCAAAUGUAGAAGAACAAAAAACAAGUUUAUUCAUCAUUCAUAUUAUAUAAUUUCUUGCAAUGUGUUCUGCUAUUCGUAGGCUCUAUAAGAUUCUCAUCAAUCAGUUAAGGGAACUCCAAAAUCUUCAUUAACUAUUUAAUCAUACAGGUAAAGGCUAUAUGGGAAAAAGAAUAAACUACCUAGCCUCUCCUAUUCUUCUCUGUACAUUAUAGCAAUUGUGUUGAUUCUGAAUGUAUCUGGAUGAUAAAUUUUGCAUUUCUAACCCUUCCUCGCACAAUAUAUCUUUGUUUGAAAUCUUUCACGGCACCUCUAAGUAGACUAACAAUGUUUCAAUAUUAAUUAACAAUUGUUUUUCUAUAUUUACUCAAGAUAUUGCUUCAUAAGCACAGUUUUGCUCCUUAAACUGAUUUUCAAGCAAAACAACUUCAUGGUAAACUAUUUUUCAUAAAAUACAGUAUUUCAGUCCAUUACUUCUUUAUUUUAUAUCCAAUUUGAGGCUCAGAAGAUUCUUACAAGAUACUCAGAGCAGUUCAAAACGUUCUUUAACAGCCAAGAGACAAAUAUUGUUGCUUUUCCAACAUGUUCUCUCACAAUGUACAUUUGGUUCAAAGUUUCCAAGACAAGUGAAUUAUUUUUCAAGAGGUACUGCUUCCCAAGCACAGUUUUGCUUUUAAUAAUCUUAAACUGAUUUAUAAUCAAAACAACUUCAAGAUAAACCAAGAUAAACUUGUGUUCUUUAUAUUUGGCAAAAUUAGUUUAACAAUUUAAAAAAUGUGUAGGUAAUAUGUUUACUGUGAUAUAAAACUAUAUUGUAAAAUUAUUUAUAUUUAUUCUAUUUCUGUAAUGUCAAUAACUUGUAUGACUCAGAGAUGUAUUUAGUAAAUUUGUGUAAAAUUAAAUAUUAUUCUUAU